AUGCAUCAGCAACAGAAAGAGCAGGAGAAAGAGCCCAGAGAGAAAGGCCUGUCUGGAAGAGACAGGUAUGUGUGCAACAUGUAUGUACGUGUGUCUUUUGACACAAAGCCUGACCUUCUUCUGCAUCUGAUGACCAAAGAGUGGCAGCUUGAGCUCCCUAAACUUCUCAUCUCUGUGCACGGGGGCCUUCAGAAUUUCGAACUUCAGCCAAAACUCAAGCAAGUCUUUGGAAAAGGCCUCAUUAAGGCUGCUAUGACAACUGGAGCGUGGAUAUUCACUGGAGGAGUUAACACAGGAGUCAUUCGGCAUGUUGGAGAUGCACUGAAAGAUCAUGCCUCAAAAUCUCGAGGGAAGAUCUGCACCAUCGGUAUAGCUCCCUGGGGGAUUGUGGAAAAUCAAGAGGAUCUGAUUGGCAAAGAU